GAGAGUCGAUUUAUGCCAUGGCGAGUCGAUGGGAAAGGAUCGGCGCAUGGCUGAAGAAGGUGGAAAACCAAAAGAACUUGGCGCGCUUUACAGGAGGGAUGACGCUCUCCCUGCUGGCACUUAGCUCCAUGAAGCGUGUAACACCUGGUCAUGUGGGGCUGAUCGAGGACUGGCAGGGCAAUUUGAGGCCCUUCAUCUACGACGACAGUCAGAUGGUUUUGGCCAUCCCCAUUUGGCACCGCAUCGUCAACAUCCGACUGAUCCCGGUGAAGAAGCGCUUCAUCAAGGAAUACAGCACCAAGGAUGGAAAAGAUGUCGAGGUUCGACUGGUUUGCCGCUUGCAGCCGAAAGUCCACUGGGUGCCAGAGAUUUACUACAAAUUUGGCAAAGACUAUGGAAGAGGAUUUCUGGAGAAGGAGGCUACUGUAGAUAUCUCGGAGGUGGUGAAGAACUACACCUUUGCGGAGCUGGUCUCUGGUUCAGAGGAGAAGGUUGAAGCGAUUGCAGAAGAGAUCAAUCUCAGGAUCGCGGAUGCCUGUUCCUUCCAUAAAAUAAAGAUCGCCAAGGAUGAAACGUCCAUUGUCUUCUUGGAUCCUGAAGGUGACUACGAAGAAUAGCUCCAGGAUUUCGCUGGGUGAAAUCCACCAUGCGCCUGGCUUGAUCUUUCGAGACACGGACGACUCGUGGCUCCGCCAUGCGAUAUGCAUCGCCAUGCGCCAUGCCCGCCACGUCGGCGAACAAAA